AUGCCCAACCAAGACGACAACACCACCACCUGGGCUUUGGAGAUGAUGCACCGCUGCGAGCCACGGCUCCUGGUGCUGCGAGAACUGAGGAGCAUGGUCCCCGCGUUAGUCCAAUGUACCAACAACAGCUGGUUUCGCACCAUCAACAGGAACGCAAAUUCCUCAUACUUGUGUCUCUUCGACGGCGCGCAGUUGGAGCUCAAUUUCUCGUCCAUGACCACGCCAGAGUUCGGCUUCUGCUUCCCGAGAAGAUCCUUUGUUGCCGAGCGUGAACGCCUCGACGUCAAUGCCAUGCUCCAGCAGCAGCCUGCCACCACCACCACCGAUUGGGCCGGCUGGAAGCGGCGUGAACCCUCAGACUCGGAUCGCUUGCGGGUCAACAAGAACGGCUGGGAAAUCUUGUACUUUGUGCAACCCCCCAAGGGCGAGGUUGACAUUACAGUCAGCGAACUCCGCGCAGAACUAUGCCACACGCUUCAGAUCGAGACGGGGCGGGUUCUGUUCGGCGCGGGUCCUUUCCAAUGGGGCCCGGACUUUGAAGAGGAUGGGUUAGGCUUGUAUACUACGUACUUUGACACCGCCAUCGAUACGGGGGCGCGACAGAUGAAGACAGUAAGGGGGGCAGCCCUGAUCGACGUGAUUGAGAUUUCGAUGCAAGCUCAUUCAACCUGA